AUGACUAAGAGUUCAAUCACGUCAAAGGCGAUUAGGGCGAGCCGUCGAGUCCAAGGUCUGGAAGUUAGCCCCGAAGGAGGUACAGGUACCUUAGGAGAGAACGUGGCGGGACCGUCAAACUCCGAACCAAACCUCAUUUCAACUAACGAACACCAAGAGGAGGAUAACGAACACUCCAAGACAGACGACGACGCAAAUGAAUUAGGAGGCCAGUCAGAACUCAACGAGAAACGUCAACCAGAUCCAUUGAAAGAGAAGCGUAGACCGGAUCCCCCACAAAGCCAUAAUUACUCUAAUUUCAUCGGAAACGUUCCCAUUCCUUUCCCAGCAGAGACGAACCCACUCUUCAACGCGACAAUUAGAGUCCCAAAAGGCAAAGAAAGAGCAGAACGAUCCUCUUCCGAUAUAGACGACUUAGCAGGUGACUUUGUGGAUGACAAUUACGACUCAAGAGGAACCUCAGACGAUUUAGAAGUUGAAGAAUUAGACGAUCACCAAGGAUCUUCCCCUUCCUUAGGAUCUUCAAACGGAGAGGAAGAACCAAACAGCUCAAGCUCCAGCUCCGAUUCCGACAGCGAAGAAAGCGAAGAGGAUUUGUCAUCAGAGAGCGGGUCAGAAGACUCAGAAAGAGAAGUAAAGAAAGAACCAUUAUCUCUACUACACUCCCUUCCUAAAAACCACUCCACAUUCCACUUUUUGAUCUCGUCCGGCGAAGAACGAUUCCCUUAUCCAUCUAUAUUACUCGGUGACGAUUAA